AUGUCAUUAUCAACUGCCGAAGCUGCUUGCGUUUACGCUGCUCUCAUCCUCCACGAUGAAGAUAUUGAAGUCACGUCCGACAAGCUCAGCACUUUAAUCGAAGCUGCUGGUGUUGAAGUCGAAGGCGUGUGGCCAGUUCUCUUUGCCAAGGCUCUCAAGGGCAAGGACUUGGGCGAGAUUUUGAGUAAUGUUGGUGGUGGAGCUGCUCCAGUCGUCGCUGCUGCUCCAGCUGCUGCCCCAGCUGCAGCUGAACCAGCCAAGGAUGCUGGAAAGAAGGAUGCUAAGAAGGAAGCACCAAAGAAGGAAGAACCAAAGGAAGAAUCUGAUGAAGACAUGGGUUUCGGUUUAUUCGACUAA